CAAUUAGUGUACUUGCAAACCCAUAAAUGCUAAACCUCCCCCACGGACAGAAGCUUAAACCCUAACACCCAAAAACCGGAACUUUUAUUUUAAUAAAGAAAAAGAAGAAGAAAAAAGAAAAAGGGAACUCGCAGAGACCGAUCAAAUUGAAAUUGAACAAUGUCGGAAGCGAGCAAAGCAGGGAUGGACGCCCUGCACAGCCUAAAAUCGGCAGAACCUCCACUGUGGCUCACUCCAUCGGCUACGCUAUCUCAAACAUCGCGUGCGGCAUCGCAACACCUCUUCUCUUGCCUGAAACCCCACGCGCCUAAAUCUCCUUUCGAUAAGCUUUUAGUUGAGGGUUUUGACGCAGAGCAGAUUUGGCAGCAAAUAGACCUUUUAACGCAGCCUUUACUAUCUAGCAUUCGCCAUCAAGUUAGGAACUUGGAGAAGAAUCCAGAGGAAAUCAAGUUAGUGAUUGAGAAGAAAGAGAGUGAGGUUGGAGAAGAAGGGGAAAAUAAGGAAAGCAAAGAACUUCAUGAGUUUGAGGAGGAUGAUGAUGAGGACGCAGACAUGGAAGAUUUUGAAGAUGAUGAGGAUGGUGAUGAUAAUGAUGAUGACGAGGAGGAAGAGAACGUGGAAAGAGAAGGAGGGAUAGAAGAUAAGUUUUUGAAAAUUAAGGAAUUAGAGGAGUAUUUGGAAGAGGAUGAAGCUAGGGAGUAUGGUUUGGAUUCUAUGAAUAUUAAGAAGAAGAAGCAAAAAAUAUUUAAUGAUUCUGACAAGGAAGAAGAUGAUGAGGAUGAGGAGGAGGAUGAGAGUGAUGAUGAGGAUGAUAAGCUUGAUGAUGAAGAUGAAGAUGCUGAGGAGUUGGGCAAUGCUAGAUAUGAAGACUUUUUUGGCGCUAAAAAGAAGACAGACUCAAAAAGGAAAUCCAAUUUGGAUGAUGGAUCUGAUGAAGACUCAGGCUCAGAAGUUGAGAAAGAAGGUGAUCUUUCUACCCAUCAAAAGCAACGUGAGAAGCUUAAGUCUGAGAUAGAGCAGAUGGAGAAAGCAAAUUUGGAGCCAAAAACUUGGACAAUGCGUGGAGAGGUGACAGCUGCUGACAGGCCCAAGAACAGUGCCUUAGAAGUUGAUUUGGAUUUUGAGCAUAAUGUAAGGCCUGCCCCUGUGAUCACAGAGGAGGUUACUGCAUCACUUGAAGAUAUGAUUAAGAGCAGGAUCGCUGAGGGACGAUUUGAUGAUAUUCAAAAGCUUCCUAGUUUACCCUCUACAGCACCAAGAGAAGUAAAAGAAAUGGAUGAGAAUAAGAGCAAGAAGGGUCUUGCUGAAGUUUACGAGGAAGAAUAUGUUCAGAAGACAAAUCCAGCUGCUGCUCCAAUAUCUUUCUCGGAUGAACAGAAGAAGGAGGCAAGCAUUCUGUUUAAAAAACUGUGCUUGAAGUUGGAUGCUCUAUCUCACUUCCACUUUGCUCCAAAACCAGUUAUAGAGGACAUGUCUAUACAAGUAAAUGUUCCUGCUCUUGCUAUGGAAGAGAUUGCACCAAUGGCGGUUUCAGAUGCAGCCAUGCUGGCUCCUGAGGAAGUUUUCUCCGGCAAAGGGGAUAUUAAAGAAGAAGCAGAACUUACACAGGCAGAGAGGAAGAGAAGGAGGGCUAAGAAGAAAAGAAAAUUUAAGGCUGAAGGAGUAAAACGGAUGGCUAAGAGAGCACGGGACAACACCACCUUGCCAGAUCACAAUGAUGGCAAGGAGUAAUGAGUUUUUCCCAAAACAUUCAUUGCCAAGGAACAGGUUUCAAGUUUAUGACUGCCAAAUGGAGCAGGGACAAAAGAAGAAACAUAGAGCCUCUUUUUACUUGAUGAAAUUGUCCUCACUUGAAUUCAUGCUGCUUAUGGAAGUUAAAAAGCAGCGAGAGAAAAACACUUACUACCAAGGAUGAGAGGUUUGAAUUAUGCUAAAGCUGCCUUCGCCUUUUGGUUUGAAAUUUUGGUGUAAAAUUAAAAUUAGUUAAAUGAAAUAUGCGGGAUAUUUGAUGGACUAGAAAUCAAAGUAUUAUUCCUAUUCUUUUAA